AUGGCAGGCUUGUCAAUAUCUGACCUGUGUUCUCUGGUGACGAUGCUGUGGCAAACCAUCUGCAGCAACCCGCUGUUCUACAUGUCUGAGUUUCUCUUUGACGCUGCUGACGUCAUGUUCUUCACGGGCUCCGUACCUCGCGUCCUCUUCUCCAAGGUCACCAGCUUCAUCACCGCCUUCUUCGCUUUUGAACGAUGCCUGUGUAUCGCUUUACCGCUCAAGGUCAGGGUGAUCAUCACACCUCUCAAGACAAAGUUCAUAAUUGUUUCAAUCUACGCUCUCAUGAUCCUUAUUCCCACUCCCUACUACGUUGGGUUUAGACUUGGACACGAAAUCAGGCGCUGUACCAUCUACUUGACAUAUCUCUACGGGGUGCCCACUACGGCUGGAUCGGACCGUCCGCCCGACUAG